AUGGUCAAAGCAUGGUCUUGGGCUGCGGCGGCACUUGCUUGUGCCAUCAUUCCAACUCACGGUGCUGUGGUACCAAACAACAACUUGGCGCUCGAGGCAGAAACUGAAACAAGGCCAUUUCGGUUUGAUAUACCCGACGGUGAUCUUUCUGGGCUAGAGUACUACACCUCUUUACAAAAGCGACAAGAGGCACUCCCGCUUCCGAGCGUACUCUAUCGGGGCAGUGGCAGCUCCCCCGAGGAAGUCAAGGCGCGUGGAGGUUUCGUCCCUCGGCAAGAGGGAGGACCACUGACGAAUGAAACUUUUGGCCUGGAGUCACAUCAUUGGGGACGCAGUCGUACUGCAUAUUCUUCCACGACGAGAUCGUUCGGCGUAGCUCUUGGCUACAGCGUGAGAGACCGGGAUGCAGGCUGGAUCUACAAGAUUCAUCCUACGCCAAACAUGAUUGACAUGAAUGGCUCGGGAUUCAGGCUCCAUUUCAGGUCCGAAGAAGAAUUUUCAGCCCUGGGCGGCAUUCGCUACGACCAGAUUGAGGCGUGGAUGCCCAUGUCGAAGAGCGACCUGAAAGAAGAGUUGACGAGAGCGCAUGUUUGGGAAUUUCACGAUUUUGAAAAGUUCUCGGCCAAGUAUCCUGGAAAGAACUGGACCGUCAAUCCUGACUAUGACCACAAAUACGACUCGCUGACCGCAAGCCCCGGACAGCCGCAGCUUGCUGGAGACACUGCCAACUUGGCAAAGUACAGCAACAAGACACUAGAGGAAUACGCCAUUGAGUUUAUGCAAAAGAAUGGCGCCGCCGUCGGUUGGGAUGGCAAGUUUCCUCUUAGCUCUUUGAAAACACCAGUUGAGCAAACCCCUCCGUCAAUGGCUGAGCUUUGCGCCAAAGGCCCGGACGGCAAAGUGAAAUAUGGCAAGGAUGAAGACGACUGCUUGAACAUGUAUGCGCAGUGCUUGUUCGAGGGACUGACUGAUACUCGGGAUGCAACUAUCAAGUGUAUGGAGACAAUGUCGUUGGCGCCCGCACACUGA